AUGGGCUACUGGGAUGCUUCUGUGCCCACGGGCUCCAUUGACCCCCUUCUCAAUCAAGAUGUUUAUACCGAUCUCUUGACCUUCACAUUUGGUGGCCCCAAGCCAUACAACCAGAACCAGCCACUAUUCAUUGAUGCCGAGGACCCAUCGCGUUCUUUUACCGGCACGCAAUUUCACCGGCUGGUCCGAACCCUCAUUGCGGGCUUGAAGGCGCAUGGCUUGCAGAAGGGUGACUGUGUGCUGAUGAAUCUGGGUAACAGUAUCUUGUACCCCGCCCUUUUCUUCAGUAUCAUUGGUGCAGGUGGAGUCUACAUGGGCUCAAACCCUCGAAGCCAAACACAAGAAUUCGACCACAUUGUCUCCCUCGCCGAGCCAAAGUUCAUCUUCACAACUCGAGAUGCACUCCCCAUGGUCAUGGAGGUUGGUGCCACCCGCGGCAUUCACCCACAACAAAUCUGUAUCGUGGAUGAGCGCGCUGUAGACAACUGUGCUCAGCUCUUCUUGUCGUACGAAAUGGGUUACCCAGCCGCGCAAGAGGUCCUAGCCAUGAGCAACACUGAGCGCGACUUUAUCAACUUCCCCCGCCUUCUCUGCUAUGGAGAAAGUGACUGGAUGAUGUUCACAGAUCCAGUGGAGGCACAAACUACUCCCGCUGCCAUGUUCUCCACCAGUGGGACCGGUGGACUCCCCAAGGCCGCGAUCCUAUCGCAUCAUGCUAUUGUGUCGCACCAUCGGGCUAUUCAGUACGACGUCCCCUUCCCGGUUAGCCGCUUAAUGUCGCUACCCAUGUUCCAUAUGUUCGGCGCUCUAUGGACACACUUGUUCCCUGUUCGCUAUGGACACCCUGUCUUUGUUCUGCAACGCUUCGAGAUGAAGCAGUUCCUGGCGACUAUCCAUCGCUACCAGAUCUCGGAGACAUACCUUGUGCCUGCUAUUGUGCAAUCAAUCAAUCAGUCUCCGCUUCCCAUCGCUGAUUACCUUAGCUCAUUGCGAUACGUUGGUGUUGCUGGUGCACCGAUUGAUGCACAGACCAUGCUUCAAUUCCAGAGCCUCCUCCAUUCCGAUGCAUACGCGGCCCAACUGUGGGGCAUGACGGAGGUGGGAGUUGCUUUCCAGUGCCGAUAUGGGCAGCGUAACAACCACGGUAGCAUUGGAACUUUGUCUGCGAGUUAUGAAGCGCGCUUGGUCGACCACGAGGGCAAGGUUGUACAAAAUGACGAUCGUGCUGGCGAACUGUACGUUCGUGGCCCGGGAUUGCUCCAGUCAUACAAGGGUCGCACAGAUGCCAAAGACCAAGAUGGAUGGUUCCGUACAGGCGACGUUGUGUAUCGGAAGCACGGAUAUCACUUUAUUGUCGGAAGAACGAAGGAAUUGAUUAAGGUCCGAGGAUGGCAAGUGGCCCCAGCAGAGGUGGAGACCGUUCUCCUCCAACACCCCGGAAUUACCGACGCAGCAGUAACCGGCGUCAACAUCAGAGGCGGAGAAGUCCCCCGCGCCUUCGUCGUCCGCUCCCGCGACCCCUCCGUAAACCGCCUCACAGCCGCCGAAGUAUACAAAUUCGCCCGCGAACGACUAGCCAGCUACAAAGCACUCGACGGCGGAGUGAUUUUCGUCGAAGAAAUUCCACGCACAGCCAGCGGAAAAAUCCAGCGUUUCAAACUGUCACAGAUGAACCACUACCGCGAAAUGGUUGCAUCCCUUCUAUCCCGUUUCGAAGGUGAGGGCACUCCUGCCCGGGCAUUGCCCACCAGCGCGGACGUCCCCGUCGGUAUGGCACCAGAGGGACGGGUCACCGUCUGA